AUGCGCAGUGUGUUUCUGGCAUUUCGUGAUACGCAACGUCCACGCGCCCCAGGGGAGAGGGGACAACGAGGUCCAACCACCCGCACUACCGUUUACAAUGUUAGCCCAUCCAGUUUCUUCUUCCUCGGAUUGAAUACGCAGUGGUUCGCUACUUGCUCUUCGUCUGCGGCCAGUAGACACGCCAAUCUCACCGCCGAUUUCCUGCAGCUGUGGUCCAACCUCGCCGGUGUUCUCAGUAGGGAAGCAUCCAGAGCCAGCUCUAGUAGUGCGGAUAAUUUACGAGUUGACGAUACCAAUGACAUCCUUGAUGUUCCUUUGUCUAAGAGCAAGGCUUGUGACGAUGCCACCCAGGCCAAUGCUAGAGCUGGCAAAAUGAGGGUAUUUGCCAAAAUCGAUGUCCAGCAUCAAAGCUUGGCUUCCCUCAACGAGCAUCUUGACCUGCUUCGCCUGCGCAUCCCUCAUCAACGCUUCAGCAUCGACGACGAAGGGUGCGAGAGACACUCGGCAUACCUUGAGAAGGGCAAGCUCUUCCUCCACAUCUUACUGCAAGAGGUCGGCGUAACGCUUCUUCUCUUCGUCCAACAUUUUAUCAAUACGAAUUCCGCUACAGGCAGCCUCGGUGGUAUAACUUGGGUCGACACCCCGCUUGUGGUACCGAGAGCAUUGGUGCCGAGCUCUACUUCCUCGAGGCCAUCGACAGCUGCGUGGAAAUUCAGAUUGAGGUCAGUCACUGACGAAGAUGCGCUGGCAGGCGUCGUUGAUGCUCAGCCAUGCGUUGAUUGGAUUCAGGAAGUGUUGAAGGAGCAGUCGAUACAUGGUGAAUAA